AUUUUCCACAAUGGCGGCGUUAAUAUUACUGUCACUAUUUUCGUGAGAUUAAAAUUUCUAAGUUUUUAUUUGACAAUUUUAUAUAUCUUCUACGUUUAUUUUGUGUAUCAUUUUGUUAAGGUUGAGACCAUUCUGUAAUUCAUAUAGAAGACCUCCGUAUUUAUCUUUCAAGUGAUUUAGCGAGCCUCAAAAACAUCCAACAUGGAUGACCUGCAAAAUUAUAAACUACAGCUUCAGCAGGUUGAGGCAGCUCUUACAACAGAUCCAGAGAAUGAAGAAUUAUUGAAGUUGAAAAUUGAUUUAGAAGAAGUUAUUGAGCUAACACAUGACCUUAUAAAAUCACAGCAACAAGAAAAGAAACCAGAUCAAGAUGAAAAAAAUGCAGAAUUAUUAGCCGUUUUAGCUAGCAAGUGGAAAGCUGGUGAUCAGUGUUUAGCACCAUGGAGUGAGGAUGGAAAAUUUAGGUAUUAUGAAGCAACAAUAGAAUCUAUAGUUGAGGAUGGAGUUGUAAAUCUUAUUUUUAAUGAAUAUAAAAAUAAAGAUGUUACAAUGCUUAGUCAUUUAAAAUCUGUGGCAAAAAGACCAGCAUCAGACUGGGCAGAACAAAAAUCUAAAAAGAAAAAAAUGCAAGUGUCUGCAAUAGCUGGUAUGGAUCCAAAUAAACAACGUGAAUAUUUAAAAAAAAGAAAACAGAAAAAAUUACAAAGAUUUAAGGAAUUGGAUGAAGAAAGAGAACAAGAAAAAAAUAAGUGGUUAGCAUUUGCAAAUAAGUCAACAAAAAAAGGUGUAAUUAAGAAAAGUAUAUUUGCUACACCAGAAAAUGUAAAUGGUCGAGUUGGAAUAGGAACUUGUGGAGUUAGUGGUAAAGAAAUGACAAAAUUCAGCAAUGGUGAAAAAUGGCGACGUGGAGCAUAAAUUCUGUCAUAAAUGCUGUUGCAACUAAGCUUUUAUCACCAUUAAUUAUUAACAUGAAUUUAAAAAACUCAACUAUGUUACACCAAUUUUAUUUUGUCGUUAUCCAAUUUAAAACGUCAGAAUCUUUUGGUUACUUUUCAUCUGUGAAGCUUAAUAUAAGAUUGUGAAAAUGUUUGUAUGCAUGUGUGUGAUCCUGUGUCUUGAAAGAAAAGAGUUGUUAAUAAUUAUAUGUUUUGAGUAUGUAAUUAUUUUCAUUCUCAAAUAAGAA